AUGAGGACCUAGUUCACUUGGUUCGCAAAUCAACAGCAUAAGUAGAAUUUCUUUUUAACUGAAAAGAAUCAGAAAUAAGAAGUGUAUAUCGCUGAUAUGACUAAGAAUUUCAAUUACUAUAACAUUAUCAAAUACUUCAUGUAUUUAAAUGACAAGUUCAAUAUUCAGGGGUAAAAUAUAGCUUAUGAAUAAAAGUAAUCAAAAAUCAUAUAUGAUUUAGGCAUGAUUCAUAACACUCACUCUGAUAGGACUAUGCCAGUCAUUAAUGACAAUAACUUUAGUUUCGCAAUUGCAAUAAGAUAAAAAAUUGAACCCAUUUUUGACAAAUUAUAAGGUGACAGUAAUGAGGAAGUCAUUUCCAAGUAUUCUUUUGAUAAGAUUAUGAGAAAGCUAUUGAUGAUUAAAGGAAAAUAACCCUUUGAGUUUUAGGCUAUUUAACAGUAUAUCCUUGUAAAUUAACUGUACCCAGAGGGCAUUAUUCAUUCAAUUCAAUACAUGCAUGAUAACUAUAGAUCUUCAAUAAUUGAUAAAUCUAGAUCCAUAUAGAUUUGUGAUUUGCAACUCGAAAAUAAACUGAUAGAUUAUACCAAAAAGGUUUUUCUACUAUUAGAAGCAGCUAACAAUACAAAAGUUCUACAUGUAAGGGCUAUAUAUCUUUUAGACUAAGAAGGUAAAAUUUAUCUUAAGUGCAUUAAUAUGGCAGAGCAAAUGGAUAACUUUGAGCUUUAGCAUGAAUUUUCGAUUUAGAAAAUGGGAGUAAAACCCUGUUCAGUAAUAAAUAAGUAAAUUGUAAAGUUAGAGUAAAAACUUCCUAAAAUACCUUAAACAGCUCGAAAUAUAUUAAAUGCUCCAUUCUUAGGUCCGAAUAGUACUAUAGAACUCAAAAAGAGCUUUAGACAGAUAUCUAGUGUAAUUGGAAUUACUAAGAUUAAAGAGGGGGAUGAUGACACAAAUUAAAAUUAACAUUUAAGCAAUGUAUCUCAGUCUAUUAUGAGAAGAAAUAUGAGUCUAUUGAUGAAAUCUCAAGAUUAUUAGUUAGGCUCAAUAGUUACUAGAACCAUAGAUAAUGAUAAUUCAAGAAUAUAAUCACAAUCUACUAAAUCUUAUAUCAGGGACUCACCUAAGUAAAGAUUCGAAUAGAAGUAUAUCAAGAAAAAUCUGCUAAAGCUAAGAAAAAGCUUUGACAAGAUUAAUGAAGUGUUGAAGGAUUACGCAAUCGAUGAUAAUAAGAAGUCAACAUUAUAACUAGAGCAUAAUAUGGGAUUAGAUAGUGCUAAGAAUUUAACAAGCAAUUAAUAUCAAACCUUUUUAGCAUAAAAUGCAGAUGAUUAUAUAAAGCAUAAAUAAGGAUCGUUUCCGCUUUUGAACAAAACUGGACUUACCCAGUUGAUAAAUGGAUCAGGUGAUGUUAGCAAAAGUAUUAGAAAUCUAUAUGAAAAUAAGAAAUAGGGAACGUAUACCCAUAGAGAUAGAUACAAUAGAGAUCAUAAAGAUGAUAUUAGUUCCCUUAAUAAAUACUAUUUCAAGGAUUGA